UGCAGAAGUGACAUCCUCAUUCCCCAACCUCCGGUUUGUCCUUGUCCUCGGUUCUACGGAGCAGUCUGCCAUCAGCCCGCUUUCUGAGGACUCGUCACAUCCCCGGUAGCUGAUUUCUGUCAUUCUUAUCUCUGUUUUCUCUCACUUCAUCCGAUCAAAAUUCAGCCAAGCACUUGGUUGAAAAUCGUGACCCGCUGACCGAGGAAGGUUUUCUGCUGCGGGCUGCCCCGAUCAGCAUCAGUCAAGAUGUCCGAUAGCCAGUCUGAGGCGGACAAGAUCCGCAGCAAGCGCUUGGCAAAGUUAGGAAAUCCUACACCAUCGUCGCCCGUCGACGGCGCUGCGUCGAGCCAGCCCGCAUCGCCCUCCCAGUCCUCGCCAGCAUCCCGAUUCCCGGAGAGACCUCAGUCACAACCACAAUCUAAUCUGAGCAGCGCAGCUGCUUCACGGUCCUCGUCCCCGCAACCACAGACUGUGCAAUCGGAAUGGAAACGAAUCAGGAUAGCACCACCCACAGGCGCCAGUGCAGUGCCAGAUCGAUCGCAAACCGUUACUCCAGUCUCGGGUACCCCACCCCCGUCGAGAGCUGACGAGAGCAUCGAGUCCUUUGCCGAUCGGACGCUGAGCGCCGUCUUCAAGCUGUCUUUGAACGAAUCUCGUCAAAAAGAUAUCCAUGGACAACGGUUGACCUACCUUCCGGGGCUGCGGGGGGAGCUGGAGGAACAAGGCCGCGAGAUCCGCAUCGAAUUGUCGGUGCUGGAUCAAGCCCUCUUGGAGGCAGCCUCCAAUGCACCCCAGCAGAAGCCGCUGGAUUACUUGCUCCCAUGCUGGAGGCGCAUCUCCAGGCUGCACAAGGGUUUCCGUCGGCCUCGAGAUGAUGAUCCUAAGUACAGCGUCAUCUGUGAAGCCCGCCGCAUGUGCAUGAGCUACUGCAUCUUUGCGAUCACCAUGCCGGAAAUGUUUGGGCUCGAGUCGUCCGCGAAGUCGUCUCUUAAACCAUACCUCCUCUUGGAUCCCGAGGAGGACAAAGGUGUGGACUUCGAGUUCAUUGGCGAAGCCGUGAGCAGGUUCAAUGAAGAUGACAGCAUCAAGCCGGCUUUUAUAGCUGCUGUGGAGGAAAUGAGCCAGGAUCUUGCCGGCUUGAACAUCAAUGAUGAUUACAAGCCCUACCUCACAGCUUUGCGGAAUCUGGUCCACCACGCGGCCAUUGCCGCUGCCAUUACGGAGUCGUCCAUGUUCAAUGAGUCUCGCGACCCUGCUCAAUUUGAGAAGCAGACGCUUCUGGGCCCGUGGUUCAGUCUGUCCCCGCUUCAGAGCAAUGUCACCUUAACCUACUUCUCAAGUCCCAAAACGAGAGAUCAAAAUUACCUUGUCACCGCACAACGGUCGAUCCGUAUGGUGCAGCAUAUGAUUAGCUCGGAUCUCUUGGACGUUAUUAAUCACAUGAUUCGAGCUUCGAAGGAUGCCAGGGAUCGGGUGCUAGAUUGGUUCGCAACUUCUGUGAACAUCAACCACAAGCGACGAGCAAUGCAAGUGGAUCCCACUACUGUCUCGUCCGAUGGGUUCAUGUUCAACAUCACGACUUGCCUGGACCAGCUCUGCGAGCCGUUCAUGGAUGCAAGCUUCACCAAGAUCGACAGAGUUGAUGCAAACUACCUGCACCGCAAGCCGCGGGUAGACAUGAAGGAUGAAACCAAGAUCAAUGCUGAUCAGCAUGCCUCAGACGCUUUCUAUGCCAAGUCUGCGGAGGGCGCAUCUAACUUCAUCACAGAGAUCUUCUUCCUUACUGUGGCCGCACACCAUUACGGCAGCGAGUCUCUGACUUCCAAGCUCGAGCAGCUUGAGAAAGACCUGAGGCACAUGGAGUCAACAAUCAAUAAGUUCGAAAUGGAACGGCACCGGUGGUUGAACAAUCCCGUCCAGCUCAGAGUAUUCGAGCAGGCCCUCAAGAAAUACAAGGACAAGCUGGAUCUCGGUCUGGCUCUGAAAUACAGCUUACAGGCCGUCUUGAUUGACGAGCAAUGGCAAGCUCGGUCCAUGAUGUUCAUGCGAUAUGUGGUCGUCUGGUUACUGCGCGUAGCUUCAGGCAGCAAUUUCCCCAAAGAGCCGCUCAAGCUUCCCUUGCCUGAGCAGCAACCGGAGGUGUUUCAAUGCUUGCCAGAAUACUUUCUUGAUGACAUUGUGAGCAAUUUCAAGUUUAUCAUGUGGGCCAUGCCUCACAUCAUUACUGCCACCCAAGGAGACGAGCUGGUUAUGCUUUGCAUUACCUUCCUCGAGAGUUCGAGCUAUAUCAAGAACCCCUAUCUUAAGGCAGGUCUUGUCUCCAUCCUGUUCCGGGGAACCUGGUCCCGCCCUGGAGGCGGUCGUGGUGUCCUCGUGGACUUGCUCAAUUCCAUGCCUUUCGCCAAUCAGCACCUGCUGCACGCCCUAAUGAAGUUCUAUAUUGAGGCCGAGCACACCGGUACCCAUACUCAAUUCUUCGAUAAGUUCAAUAUUCGUUACGAGAUUUUUCAGAUCAUUCAAUGCAUCUGGCCCAACACCCAUUAUCGCAAUAAACUUUACAACCAGUCCAAGCAGAACCUGGAUUUCUUCGUUCGCUUUGUCAACCUUCUACUCAAUGAUGUGACGUAUGUGCUGGACGAGUCUUUUGGCGCCUUCAUCACUAUUUACAAGACUCAAACGGAAUUGCGCAAUGCAGCAGCAAUGGAUCCCACGGUGCGUCAACAGAAGGAAGAGCAGCUGGCGGCCGCGCAGCGCAAUGCCAAGUCGUAUAUGCAAUUGACGAAUGAGACGGUGUCUAUGCUGAAGCUGUUCACGGAUGCGCUGGCAGAUUCCUUCACGAUGCCUGAAAUCGUGCAGAGAUUGGCAGAUAUGCUUGACUACAACUUGGAUGCCAUGGUAGGACCCAAGAGUGCCACUCUGCGGGUGGAUAAUCCGCAAGAGUAUGGCUUCAAUCCUCGGGCACUGCUGAGCGAAAUUGUUGAUGUAUAUCUGAACUUGACGGGCAAGGAGAGCUUCAUUGUUGCUGUAGCACGUGACGGACGGUCUUAUAAGCCGGCCAACUUCGAAAAGGCUGCCGAGAUCCUGCGGAAAUGGUCUUUGAAAUCACCCGAGGAACUCAAGCGGUGGGAGCAAUUCCAGCACAAGGUGAAGGCGGCCAAAGAGGAAGACGAACAGGCCGAAGAAGACCUUGGAGAGGUUCCUGACGAGUUUUUGGAUCCUCUGAUGUACACUUUGAUGGAAGACCCAGUGAUCUUGCCUGGGUCCAGGGUUUCUAUCGAUCGCUCCACCAUCCGCUCUCACCUUCUCAGUGAUCCUCACGAUCCUUUCAACCGAGCCCCACUGAAAAUGGAAGAUGUCAGUCCCGAUACGGAACUCAAGGCGAAGAUUGCAGCCUUCAAGGCGGAGCGAAUGGCGGCUCGCAGACAAGCCAAGAUGUCUGAUCCAAUGGAUACGACCACUGGUUGAUUGCAUUAGGGAUAAUCGAUGUUUGUGCACCAGGCAAUUUCAAAGCCUAAGGGCUUGUUCUGAAUUAGCGCUUUGACCAUGGAUUGAAAUUCUCGUUUUUUUUCUUGUUCCGAUAUAAAUGAAGGUCAGGUUUGGAGUCUCGUUUGCGUUGAUCAUUGUCAUCAUCAUAGAAUCGCCGGCUCGGGGCGAGGUUGACGUCGCGACCUGAUCAGUACACCAUGAUCUGCAUUGCUGGAUGAUUCGAGACUAAUGAUAUGCUGUGGUUUUGGAAUUUAAGCAUGAAUGGAAUGGGCGCAAUGGACA